AUGAGCGUUGUACGGCCGGCGCGCAGCGCCCUGAGCAAGUGCGUCGUUGCCCCAGCGAGCGCUCCCAUCAACGUGGCCGCGACCCCUUGCCGACGACACCUGCACAGCACGCCGGCGGCGCGCGCCAAGCGGCAGCCACGGUUCCGCAACGUCAAGGCCGAGGAGAUGGGCCUGACGCAGCCGGCCGCGAUGGCACGGUUCGCCAACGAGCACCUGCCGGCGUACAGCCCGGCGCAGCUCGAGCAGCUCCGCAGCAAGUACACGCCCGCGCAGGUGGAGGCCAUCCAGGCGGGCGAGGCGGCCGUCGACGCCGAGGACAUGCUGAUCCAGGGCCGCAUACGCGACGACCCGUACCGGCCGACGUACGUCGAGGACUACACGCGGCUGGACCCGCGCUACGACCUGAUGCCCGAGGAGGAGGGCCAGAAGCCGCGCGAGCACGCGUGGCUCGGCGAGCAGGACUGGAUGGACCAGUUCUCGGCGCGCCUCUCGGAGCUGGCCGACGGCAAGACGGACGCGCAGCUGACGCGGGCCAUGGCGCGCGCGCUGCGCCGCGUCAAGGCGUCGCAGGGCGUCGACAUGAUUGACAUGACCGAGGAGGAGCUCGCCGAGCUGGAGGCGAACCCGGCGAUGCUGCAAAAGUACCUCGUCGAGGACGACGCCGCCGUCGCGGACGCGGCAGACAGGGACGACCCGUCGACGCGGCUGACCGAGGCGCAGGUGCACAAGCUCGACGAGGCCCUCGACGCCGAGUGGAAGCGGGCGCUGGAAUCGCUCGCCGUCGAGGACCACACCGCCGAGUCGUCGCCGACGAACAUCGAGAUGAUGGAGCACGGCCCCGCGGGCCUCGCCGUGCGCGGGACCGAGACGGCCGAGGCGCCCGAGCUGGGCAAGAUCCCCGGCGUGGCCGGGCGCUACAACCGCGCGGCGGACCCCGACGACGAGGGCCAGGACGAGCUCGGCGAGUACCGCGAGAUCAAGCGCGUGACGGGCCUCGCGCUCGCCGACGUCAAGUCGCUCUACUGCAAGAUCCUGGUGACGCGCUCCGUCAGCAACCAGACGCGCAUGGGCAAGAUUCGCAGCGCGAGCAUCGUCGCCAUUGCCGGCAACGGCGCCGGCCGCCUCGGCAUCGGCAUGGCCAAGUCGACCGACAGCAGCACCGCCGUCGUCACGGCGCAGAUGCUCGCCAUCCGCAACAUGAAGGCCAUCCGCCGCUACGAGAACCGCACCGUGUACGGCAACGCGACCGCCAAGGUUGGCGCCACCGUUGUCGAGCUUUACAACCGACCCCCAGGCUUCGGUCUCCGUGUCCCCCACCGCCUCUUUGAAAUGUGCCGCGCCGUUGGCCUCCACGACCUCGCCGCCCGCAUGCCCCGCGCCAAGAACCCGAUGAACUCCGUCUUUGCCACCUACAAGGCGCUCCUGAACCAGGCCGACCCCGAGGAGAUUGCGCGCGGCCGCGGCAAGAAGCUCGCCGACGCGCGCAAAGUCUACUACGGCGGCUCUGUACAUUAG